ACAGCCAAUUAUGACAAAGAUUUUAAAUACGGUUUCUGUCCCAACAGAGACACAGCGGUUGUUGGCGGAAACUCAGCAGGAGACCCUUGCGUAUUUCCCUUUACAUUCCUGGGGAAAACCUACAGCCAGUGUACCACCGAAGGCCGAGGGGAUGGGAAGAAGUGGUGUGCUACAACCUCCAACUAUGACCAGGAUAAGAAAUGGGGCUUCUGCUCAGACCAAGGUUACAGCCUUUUCCUGGUGGCAGCACAUGAAUUUGGCCACGCAUUAGGCCUGGAUCACAGCAGUAUCCCAGAUGCUCUAAUGUAUCCCAACUACAAGUAUGAGAGCGACUUCCAUCUUCACUCUGAUGACAUUGAAGGGAUCCAGUAUUUGUAUGGUGCUGGAACUGGUCCAGAUCCUUCUCCACCAAAGCCCACCAAGAAACCCAAAACAACAACUCCUUCACCCACCACACACUGCUACACCAACUACCACUGAAAGUGUGGAGCCCUCCGAUUCCCCAGUAGACCCAACACAAGACCCCUGUAAAGUGAAGGAAUUUGAUGCCAUUGCAGAAUUACAAGGGGAGCUCCACCUCUUUAAGGAUGGAUUGUACUGGAAACUACCAGCCAGUGGGCCCCCUAAGUCUUCAAAGAAAAUCUCAGACACUUGGCCUGAACUUCCUGCCAAUAUUGAUGCAGCAUUCCAGGACCCCCAAAGCAAGAAGAUUUUCUUUUUCUCAGGACGCAAAUUCUGGCAGUACACAGGAAGCAGUGUUUUGGGUCCACGGAGUCUCGAUAAGCUGGGCUUUGGCAAAGAUGUGGAUAGAAUCUUGGGCGCUAUUACCCGGGAUAAUGGGAAAGUCCUGUUAUUCAAUGGUGAUAGAUACUGGAGGCUUGAUGUGAAAUCUCAGACUGUGGAUAAGGGUUACCCACGCAACACAGAUGAUGACUUUGCUGGUGUUCCCAGUGAUUCUCACGACAUCUUUGUGUACAAAGGUAAAUACUACUUCUGCCAAGACCAGUUCUUCUGGCGCAUGACAUGGCGCAAGCAAGUGGAAAAGGUCGGAUACGUGAAAUACGACAUUGUCCGCUGUCCAGAGCAAAGUUAA